AUGAAGCUUGUGAAGACCCUUGAGGUCGGCUUCAUAAUCAAGAAGGGUCUCACAUUGUGCCUGCAUGCUCAGGCGCAGGAGUAUGCGGGACACUGCUGGGAUCUGUUGAGCUCUGGGGUUCAAUCUGGCGCGGGAGGUUUGACCGCCGAAAGGAAACAAACUAUUCGGAACACCAUCGAAGAGAUCGAAGAUGCCCAAGACACGGUGAGUUUCGUGGACGGGAACUUGAACCUUGGCAGAACUCCCACCGGAAGUUUCAAUAUCUUGUAG